AUGCUUAAACCAAAAUGGGGAAACUUCAGAAAGUGUUUGUCAACUCUACGCUCUUUCCGCCUUUUGACAGCUGCUAAGCAAUAAUGGCUGUACGAUACGAACUCUGCGUUGGUCUCAACAAGGGACAUAAAACAUCGAAGGUGAAGAAUGUUAAAUAUACUGGAGACAAAAAGGUUAAGGGACUUAGAGGAUCCCGUUUGAAGAACAUUCAAACCCGGCAUACUAAAUUCAUGCGCGACUUGGUUCGUGAAGUUGUUGGACAUGCUCCCUACGAGAAGAGAACCAUGGAAUUGUUGAAAGUUUCAAAGGAUAAACGUGCCCUGAAAUUUUUAAAACGUCGCUUAGGCACACACAUUCGUGCAAAGAGGAAGCGUGAGGAGUUGUCCAACAUCCUCACACAAAUGAGAAAGGCGCAAACUCACGCAAAGUAAUUGAGCAAAAAUGUUUAUUAGAAAACUUAGAAAUAAAAUAAGAACAAGUGUUCUACAAAAGAAU